AUGAAUUCUGAUGCUAUAAUCGACUUUUUAAGUGGAAUAACCGGUGCAACAGCGUCAGUUUAUGUUGGACAACCAUUAGAUACAAUCAAAACUAAAUUACAAACAUUUCCGAAUCAUUAUAAAAAUUCUUUAGAUUGUGGACAAAAAAUUUUCUAUCGAGAUGGUUUACGUGGAUUUUAUGCUGGAACUUUACCAUCGGUACUUGCGAAUGCUGCAGAGAAUGGAAUUUUAUUUAUGGCUUAUGGUCAGUGUCAAAAUAUGAUUGCUUUAGUAAGAAAUAAAACAGAUAAAGAACAGUUAACUCCGUUAGAAAAUAUGGCAGCUGGAAGUUUUGCAGCUGUAUUUUCAUCAUUUGCAUUAUGUCCAGUUGAAUUAAUUAAAUGUCGAAUACAAACAUUGAAUGAUAUGCCAAUGAUAAAUUCAUCAAAUGUAAAAAAUAAAAUAAUCUCACCAAUUGAUAUGACUCGCAAUAUAAUACGUCAGGAAGGUGUUCGUGGUUUAUUUCGUGGUUUAACAACAACAUUAAUGAGAGAAUGUCCAGGUUAUGGAUGUUUUUUUGGAGGUUAUGAAUUAACAAGAUCACUUUUAAUCAAUGAAAAUCAAAAAAAAGGCGAUAUUGGUUUUAUAAAAACUUGGAUAUCCGGUGGAAUGGCUGGUAUAUGUUUUUGGAUAAUUAUGUUUCCUAUUGAUGCAAUCAAAUCACGUAUACAAGUAUUUAAUCCAAAAAUCAAUUUCGUAAAAUAUACUUUAAAUAUAAUAAAACAUGAAGGUUUUCUUGCUCUCUAUGCAGGUUUAUUACCGACUCUCAUUCGUACUUUUUUAGCUACCGGUACAUUGUUUAUAACUUAUGAACAAGUUCGAUCAAUACUUCAUCGUGCAAUUUAA